AGUGGAGCAAUUUCAAUAAAAGCGGUGCUAAGUCAAUGAUGCGUAAAUAAAUUGUUGUAUGCUGGCGCACUUACGGGCUGCAGUUUCUGAAAGGAUAGGUUCAUGUGAGGUAAAUGAUGUCACGGGGCGGAGGGACAUAGUACAAAUGAUGGUACGUGGGGAGUGAAGAGAACGAGAGUUCCCGGGUAACUUUGUAUUAGCUACGGUAACUUAGAGCACCUGUAAUAAUCGCAUAGAACCGGCUGUUUCCCCAGUGCACCGUUGUCAAGGCUUUCAAAGACACAACAGACAUAAAAUGGCAGACCAGCUGACAGAAGAGCAGAUCGCCGAAUUCAAGGAGGCCUUCUCGCUGUUUGACAAGGAUGGCGAUGGGACCAUCACCACCAAGGAGCUGGGCACUGUCAUGCGCUCUCUGGGCCAGAACCCCACAGAGGCGGAGCUACAGGACAUGAUCAACGAGGUGGAUGCUGACGGCAAUGGAACUAUCGACUUCCCGGAGUUCCUGACCAUGAUGGCGAGAAAGAUGAAGGACACGGACAGCGAAGAAGAGAUCAGAGAAGCCUUCAGAGUCUUUGACAAGGAUGGAAAUGGCUACAUCAGUGCUGCAGAGCUGCGUCACGUCAUGACCAACCUGGGGGAGAAGCUGACGGACGAGGAGGUGGACGAGAUGAUCCGCGAGGCCGACAUCGACGGGGACGGCCAGGUCAACUACGAAGAGUUCGUGCAAAUGAUGACUGCAAAGUGAAGCGUUUUUUUUCCCUCUUUUCUUAUGUUGCCUGUUCUCCUUCAAUCACUCUGUCUAUUAAGAAAAUCGAAACAACCAAAACAAAAAAAGCUACAAAAAAAAAUCAUAAAUGUUACAAUUCUGUAAAUGUGGUUUCAAAUUCAAACUACUUCUGAGGCAUCUGUCAACAAAAAAACAACAAAAAAUGCAGAACAGUCCUAAGAGGAGUGAACUGACAAAGCUUAGCUGCAUGAGAUCUUUAUUCCUGGAUAAACCCAUCUUUCCCAGAUGGCGGAUGAAUUUGGAGAAAUUUGAGGGAGGGUGGGGGAAUUGCAAAAGCCAAAAAAAGAGACAGAAAUCAAUGACGGAUGCAAUUUUUGUUUUUCUUCGUCUACAAGAGCGGCUUUUCAUCCACGCCUUUUCUGUUGGUAACCAUUUAACCGUACAGCUUGCAAGAAGCGGCGCUGUUUCAAGCAAAUGACAAAAACAAUCUUGCAUGUACCUUUUCUGGCGGUUUAAUGUCGUUACAGUGAGAGGUCCUGAUCCUGCGGUUGAGUGGAAAGCCUGGAUUGUGAAACAGACAGGAGUUACUAGCAUAACUAUCUGUACAACCUGUACAGUUUUACUGAGGUUUGGCACAACCCAGACAGAGUACAGAUCCGGUAGGGUUAUGGGUUCGAUGCCUUGUGUGCUUGAGGAGGGUGUGAUGUGAAAAGAAAAGAAAACACUUCUUGUAAUAAACUUUACAGCAAACCUUUCUUUUUUUUUAGUUCCUUCAUGGAUAUUUUUCUUAACCAAGUUGCAGCAUCAGUCCAGAGCCGGAGUGUUCUUGUUCUCUAAAACGUAUAGUUUGAAAUGGUUUACAGAGACCUGAAGUUGGAGAGAGCAUUGCUGUAAAUGUCUGAUCAUAAAACAAAAUCAGGACACAAAUGUUAAGCUUUUUAGAGGUGCAACAAAAAAAAAAUCAACUUGUAAAUUUAGUGCAUUGCCUAACAUUAGCGUGAUAGUAUGGCUUGUGACUUUAUCCUUUUGGUUUUAACAUGUGCCAUAAUCAUGAGCCUCAACUUUUUUUUUGCAAGAUGACUUUUAGUCAAUAGCUAAAUACUAUAAAUAUAUAUAAUACACAUAUAUUUGCACUUUUGUGUACAAGAAAAUGAUUGACAAUGUUCUGAUCAAGAAGAAAAACCAAAUUUGCUGUUGCUGCUGCUGUUUCGGUCGCGGUGUUGUGGUUUGUCGGAUCCUCAUGUCGCGUUACCAGUGCUGCACAGGUUGCUCCAUGCUCUGCUUACAGCACAUCUGAACAGUUCCACCUUCUGGGGAUUUAAAGAAUAAAGCAGAAAGAAAAACUAAAUUUAUGGACUUCCUCUGAGGUUUUUUUUUUUUUUUAAUUUGUUAGGUUUUCAAGCAUUUCUUUUCAGUGUUUAAAAGGAGUUGGUUUAUGAAGAAAUGAAUUCUAUGAAGCUCUUAACGUCAUGAUUCUUAGCUCAGUGUCCUUAAGGGGGUUAGAUGUACAGAAAGAGGGGGGAGGGGGGAGGAGAAAAGGACCUGAUUGGUUGGUAGCUAAAAUCUGUGGAAGUUAAUGUCCAAACUAAUGUCCAAACUGUGAAAUAUCAAUGUUUUCCAAUAAAAAAAAAUUAAUAAAAUUUACUACCUGA